AUGGAAGCUCCAGAGGUUGCAGUGCCUGUUGCUGAAGACCCGGAGCUUCCAGAGCUCCCGGAGGGUGUGCGCAAGGAAGUCUUGUCAGAGCCGACACAGAACUACUUGCGACCAACUGCAGGCGAUGAAGUUCACAUUCACUUCAGAGGAUGGUUGCCAGAUGGAACAGAGUUUCACAACACCCGAUCCAAGCCGGGUGACUUUGAUUUUACGCUCGGGGAAGGGGAGAUCAAUAAGGGCCUCGACCUUGGGAUUGCAACAAUGUGCAAAGGGGAGCGAGCAAAGUUUACCCUGAGUCCCGAACUUGCAUAUGGCGAGGGCAUACCGGGCAAGAUCCCACCGCAUGCAGUCUUAACUUUCGAAGUUGAGUUGCUCUGGUGGAGGAGAAAGAAUGCCUUGACUCCAGAUGGAGGAGUGGUGAAGGUUGUGCAGGUUGAGGGCGAUGGCUGCAAAAAACCCUUUCCUGGCUGUAUUGUGAAGAUACGUUAUACUGGAUACGCAAAUGGAAUCGAGUUUGCCGCGAGUUCAGAUGACGGCGUGGAAGCUGAAGUCACUGGACUUAACGCUCUGAAGCUGCCGCAGAGGACGUGGCAGAUUGUACUGGCCUCCAUGUCCCGCCAUGAGCAUGCGGUUGUAACGCUGACGCCGCCAUACGCAUAUGGUGCCGACGCCAUGUUUGACUCGAAGGUGCCUGGCAACUCCACGGUCAGGAUUGACAUGCAACUGCUAGAUGUUUUCCUGGUGAGCGACUGCAGCCUGUUUCAGAGAUGUGGGGAGAGGCAUUUUCCACGGGUGACCAAAACGCAGAUGUCCGAUGGUGAUGCCACUGGCACGAAGCCCAACAACUUGUCCCAGGUCACAGCACUUGUCAACGGCAAGCAGGUGACAUGGCAGCUAAUGGCGGGCAGGCGAUGUGAAGCAGUGGAGUGUGCAGUAUUGAGCAUGACCAAGGGCGAAAAGUGCCGCAUUGCAGUGGAGGAUGCCACCAUGUGUCAGGAUGAAGAGCUUGGGCUUUCUCCCGUCGGCGCAGUGGAUUUCAAUUUCGAGGUUGAGCUGAUCGACUUUCAAAGGACUCCAGACACCUGCAACCUCGUGCCGUCGCAGAGGAUUGAGAAGGGAAGGGUAUUGAAGCAACAGGGCGCGGCUUUCAUGAAGGCCAAGGACUUUCGCCGCGCCUGUUGGGUGUACAGAUCCGUGCAGGAUCUAAUGGGCUACGUCGAUGAUUGGCCAGAGGAUCUCCGGUUGGUGGGCGAUGAGUUGCGGCAAACCUCCCGCAGCAAUGAAGUCAUGGCCUGGCUGAAGCUUGAACAGUUCCGAGAUGCGGCUGAGUUGUGCACGGAGAUCUUAAAUGGAGGUGGAAUCAGCCCUCCAGAUCCCUCCAACAUCAAAGCCUUGUUCCGACGCGGACUUGCGCACCUUGGUCUUGGAGAGCCAGAGAAGGCCAAGACUGACUUUGCAUCGGUGUUGGAAAAUGAUCCCUCGAAUCUUGAAGCGAAGCAGCAGCUCGCCAAAGCGCACACCCUGCUCAGGGAGCAGUCAAAGCAAAGCCAGAGUCUGAUGCGAGGCAUGAUAAGUGAGGCCGGCAAACUAGACUACCCCGUGGGCUACACUAGCACCGAGGGCAACCGAGAGAGAGAGCGCGAGGCCAUGCUCAGCCGGGUCGAGGAGCUGGGUUUUGAACAGCUAACUCAAGGGCAAGAGGCUGCUAACGACCAUGGUUGUCACUUGAGGAGCUCAAGGCGAACAUGUCUCUUAGCCUCUGAACACCUGUGUUACAACAUCGGGGCCAAUCUCUCUAUUGGCCGGGCGAGUUUCGGUUUCCAGCCCUGCUCGAUCAACGCCUUCAGCCACGGCUGCCGUGUCGUCUCUCAUCAGGGUGUCGGCGGUGCGCGUGAACUCGAUGAGUUGUGUGGCGAGGACGAGGACUCCUGA